GGCAGAGGCCUUCCCGGCUUUGCGGCGAGAUUCUCCCGCUUUGCAGCAGCCGUAUUCAACAUCCUCCCGGAUAGCCGGAAGCCUGGACCAUGCUUCGUCGCCCCCUUCAUCAUCAUUGUCGAGAUUUCAGCGCCGACGGCGUCAUUCAUGGCAACGUUGUCGCUGGCAGCGCUGCUGGAGCAAGGAACAGCAGCUCGAUGAGUCUCCAUGCCCCUCAACAACGUCCACGACCGAUUCCAAAUCGGCAGGCCUCGUUCGCAUGCUGCAGGAACCGCAGCCGUGCCGCCGGAAUCUUAGCUGCACCUUGGUUGAAGGCUGCCUCCUCCACGUUCCACGUUCCCUGUGUCUGCCUACUGCACCUACUUGCAGCCACUCCUACAAGCGCAUUGUUCGGCUGCAAUCCGUGCAAUUGAAGAUUCUGGGCCGGGAACCAGAGGACUUGGCUCCUGGCUAUCGCAAGGUGCUGCAAGCCCUUGCGCGUGCGUGUGGCUGCCGCUUGGCGGGUGUGUAUGUACGACAGGGCUGCAUAGAACUCACUUUGGAUCUAGAAACGGAGGAGCAGCAGCAGCAGGAGGCUGAGCCAGGAGAAGGCGAUGGCGCUCCGGAUGAGUACUGGCAAGAGGUCAAGCCCAGUCAGGAGGAGUCCUGCAUGGAGCGCCGGGGCAGCAGCAGCCCCGCCAGCAACACCACCAGCAAGGGAGCUGCAGGCAGCACCAGCGGCGGCAACGGCUUUGCUGUCAACAACUGCAGCAACUCUAACGGCCAGCCCGGACCCCUACCUGGGAGCCAUCGCAACAGCAGCAGCAGCAGCAUCCACAGUAGCGGCAGCAACACCAGCAGUGGCAAGCUGCGCGGCUUGGAGCUGCUCUCCUCCCAAGAGGGCAUGCAGGCGGUGGUGUCGCAGGUGGUCAAGGCCGCGGUCGGGCCCGCCACGCCCGCCCCCGCCACGGUAGACAUCAGCUUGCUGCCACUGCAGAGCGCCGCAUGCUCCGCAGCCUCCGCAGCUGGGUUCCCUUCCUCCUUGAGGAGGUCCCCCAGGCCAGCCGAAGAGGGCGCCGCCGCAAUGCCUGGGGCAGUGCCCAUGACGACCCACAUGGCGGCGUCACGCGGCGGGUUGCGGACGGGUUUGGGUUUGGGUUUGGGAAGGUUGCCGCCGCCGCUGGAGGGAUGGCUCCUGAGGCCUCGCGGUGCCCGGGGGUGCUUCACGAGAGGCAGUGCGGGUGUGGGUGCUGGUGCUGCUGCUGCUGCUGGUGGUGGCAGCUCGGGGUCAGGGUCUGAGUCGAGCUACAGCUGCCGUUCGGGUCCCGUCAUCCGUGCCGCGCCGUGGUCAAAGGUGCUGGCACGAUCACAUGAUGCGGCGCAAGCGGCAUCGUCGUCCGCUUCGCUGCCCCAGACGCCGCCGCGCCGGCCGGUCAUUAGCCGUGUACAGCCGCGUGUGGUGCUAAUACCUGUCGUACCACCGCCCGGCGCAGUAGCACCUCCUGAUGGUUCUGAAGUGAGGGCGGCACCAGCAGCUGCAGGAGCUGCGGCGCCGCGGCUGCCGCCGCAGUCGCUGCGUGCCGGCCAGCCGCGCCUCCUUGCCAGCACCGCUGACCACCACGCCGCCACCUCCUCCAGAGGCAGCGUGGACGUCCCGGGGCGGGAUAGCAACGGCAACAGCAACACCAACACCGCCGAUGACGAUACGGCCAGCUUGAUCAGCUGCAUGAGCAGCAGCGGCUUCGCAACGACCUCCGACUCCGCGCCCUCCUCUCGCGACGAAGUGACCACCUCCAGCUCCUCCGCCACCGCACACCUCACCGCCUCUUCUCCUCCUCGGUCUUGCCCAGCCAGCGAGGAUGCCCAGUCGCGGGGCCCGCAGGCGCCCGCGAGCCCGGUCAUUACCUUCCGGGUCGACAUCCUUACCACGGGAGGCGUCUUGCUGCCUGUUGAAAAGGCGGCUAAGACUACAUCCACUACAUCAACCAGCGCUGCCACCACAGCUCCGGCAUCUGAUUGCACGCGCUGCACGCAACACCACCACCAGGCCGCAUCUGCCGGCUCCCUGCUCAAGAGCGGCACCGCUGUGCAUCCGCAGCUUGAACUGCUAGCUCGCUGCAACGGUCACUACCUGCCCAUCCAAACGCGAGUCCUCGCAACCUCCUCCUGUUCCUCUCGUUCUUCCUCCUCCUCACCGGCUUCUACCACCAAGGCUCCUACCUCAACCGCUGAGGCGUCUGCUGCUGCCGCUGCUGCUGCUGCGUCUGGUAGAGCCCAGGACGGAGCGGUGACGAUUACCUACGAAGUAAGCCUACUGGCGCUGCCGCCAGAACUCAUCCCCAGCGGAACCUCCACCACCGACCACAGCACCCCCAGCAGCAUCAGGACCACCUCCUCAUGCGGCACGGUGCUGCUGCUAGACCUCCGCUGGCGCGGCGCUCCGGCGCAGGUCGUUCCCGUGCUGCUGCUGCUGCAGCAACCGCAGCAGCCCCAGCAGCAGCUUCAGCCGCAGGGGCUAGCUGCGGAGUUGGCGGCUGUCGCGGCUGCUUGGCGCGGUCCCUCACAGGAGCUGGAUGGCCUGCUUUACGACGCGGGGGCAUGGCUGGCGGGGAUGGCAGCUCGGAGAGCGGCCUCGGCGAGGACUGCAGCGGCAGCAGCUGGCGCCAUGACCGCGACUGCAGGAGCUUCUUCUCCGCCGUCGUGGUCGUUACUGUUGUCGGCGGCGGAGGCGGAGGAGACGGCGGCUUUGACAGCUGCCGGUGGCACCAGCAGCAGCAGCAACAGUAGCACUGACGGUGCAGCGCACAUGCAAAUCGCAGCAGCAGCAGCAGCCCGGCAGGGGGCCCUUGUUGUGGACGGACUGCCGGAAUGCGUCGGCUCUGGUUGCGGUGGUGGUGGGGUUGUUGGGCACGGGGAGGCUGCGUACCUGCCGGUGUUGGGCGCGUCGCUGCUGCAGUUUGCGCACGCGAUGGGGCUGAAGGGGAUGGCGCAGGAGCUGCAGGAGGGCAUGCGACGGGCGGGCUACACGGGCUCCUUCAGGUCCCUCCUGCUCCACACCACCGAGACCCAUGGUUCGGAGCAAAUCCAGCCCAUGCACCAGCAACACACGGACCCCCACCAGCAGCAACUGCAGCAAGCGUUGCUCCCUCAACCUGAGGAGGUCGUUGAUGCUGACAUAAGCCCGUUUACUCUUCCUGCUACUGCUACUGCUCCUGCGGCGGCCCCUGGUACCUUCACCGGGUCGGCAACCGACGGGUCGUCUCAUGCGCCUUCUGCAUCCGCGUCCCCAUUAGCACGCUUCAGCCUGCGCUCGGGCCGCAAAUCCCUGGACCGCUGCCCCCCCAGCCGCACCCCAGACACCUCCCUCAGCGCCACCUUCGGAUCCGCAUCCUACCUGGAAACAGAUCCGGAGUGCUACAGCCCCCAAGCUGCUGCUGCCGCCGGCUUCGGCUCUCCUCUGUCCACCGCAUCCUCCGUUGCCAGGCUGCCGGACGUGUUGCCGGCCCCCGAGGUUGCGGGAGGCGGCGGCUCGGAGGCAGCGGCCUCGCUGUCGUGCAGGCUGGCAGCGGCCUCGGGAGCCCCCGGGGAGCAGCCGCCUCGUGCGGUGUCACCCCAGCAGCUGGAGCGCUCCCUAGCGGCCCUAGGACAGGCGCACAAGCAAGGCGCGGAAGGCACCGGCGCCGGAGGAACUUCGCCGCUACAACAACUGAACUUGUUGAGCCUGCUAGAGCUCUUCUUCUUGGCCCUCUUGGCCGUGCCUUGCGGAGGUCACCUGGCCAACCAAGGCAGCUCCCAGGCAGCACCCGGGAUCCUGCCGCUGCCGGCGGCGGCCACAGCUGCCCUGGUGGUAGCGCUGCUGCCCGCCCUCAUCGCCUGCGCGGCCGGGCUGCUGCAGCCGCUGCUGCGGCAGGAGCGACAGCAUCAGACGCGGCAGCAGGAGACGCGGCAGCAGGAGGCGUCUGCGGGGAGUCUGUGGCCCGACUUGUUGCGGCUGGCCUGCUCGGCGGCGGCCAAGCUGCUGCUGCUCAGCGGUGCGCUGGGUAGCGCCGGGGGUAGCGGUCUGCGGCUUGGAGUGCUGGCGCUGGAGGGGGUGGGGGUGCCCGUGGGCUGCCUUCUGGCGCCUGAUAAGACCCUCACGCUAGCGACGUUGAAGUUCCCCAUCUUCCUGGCAGUGGCAGUGGUCGCAGCGGCGGGGCCUGCGACGGCGCCAAGCGCUGCUGCGUGGGGCCCUGCAAACACCGCGGGUCCAGAGGGUGUGUUGCAGGUUGUCGGCGGCAGCAGCGGCGACGCAGCAGCCACGUUGGUUGCGGCGCUUUGGGCGUUGCUGGUGGCGGUGGUGGGGGUGUUGUGCCAUGCACACCUACGCGUCCGUCUCCAACGUGCGGCCGUUCAAAGUACGAGGACUGAGUAACGUGCAUGCCAUGGGCCAGACAGGUGCUAAGGUUACGUGGGGUGGGGUGUCGUGUUAAGAAUACUGGCACGGCUGGUGGGGUGUCGUGUGUGUUGUUCCUGAUUAGCUUGGCAGCGUGGGGAGCAUGGGGGAUUGCACGCGGGGGAGCGGUAGGUACGAGGGCUUUUUUAACCUGGACCUGUAGAGGAGGGGCUUAUCGCUCCCUUGCCUGGCUGUGUUUGUGGGUACGGCAAGUUCUGGGCCCGCUGUGGACCAGAUGGUAUGGUGGCUUUGCUUGUGCGAACUGGUGGUGUGUGGACAGCAUUGUUAAAAAGAGUUAUGACUGAAUAAGAAGCGAUGGCGAUAUGCAGCAACGCGGUAUGCAGUACUGGUGUCGGUUCCAAUCAGUCCAAAUGCGGUUACGCAUUGUGAUUGGUGCUCCUAAAAGUGCUCGUAAUUGUUGUGUGGGGAAGUACGGUUUCCACAGCAAGAUUCUGUCGGCCGAUUGUUCUUCCCCUUCAGCGGCUUCAGGAACUGUGAAUUUGCUGGAAUGCGUUGUACGGCUAGGUUUGGGAACACUGAGAUUUUGACCUGCAGUGCAGUCGAUUGAGUGUGCGUGGCGCGCGCGGUGCCGUAGCUACUCCUCCAAAUCGUGUGUGGAAAUCAAUUGCUUAAGAAUCUAAUGGUGUGGCGUGCGGACGUGAGCAGUCUGCAGCCUCAGCUCUGAUAGAGGUUGGGCACGGCAGGAGGGGGCAAGAGUCCUUUUUGGUUUCGCGAGCACGCCAAAGCUGUGUAUGCUGCCUGGUCCGUCCGUGGCUGCGUUUAGGAAGUAGGUUUCCCUUUCCUGUUAUCCGAAGGGGGGAGCUGCAUCCUGGGGGGAGGGAUCUAUAUCGUGCGGGUGAUUGGCUGGUGCACGCCUGUGUUUGUGUAUUGUCCUGGUAUUGAAUCUCCCCUGGGGCUUCUAUAGCAAGUACGCUAUGUCAAGAAGUUGAGUGCUUGAAGUUUUGAAUGUGAAUGAAAGUUAAGCGGAUGUUAAGCAGCAUAAUGUUGAGGUGGUUUCUGAGCGCGCAAUCAGCCCCCUCGCUACUCCUUUUGAUGAAUGUCAGGUGUAUGGUUUCCCGUGAGAUGCCGUUGGCGCAUUCAAGCGGUAAAACAGUAAGUACGGGAAGUAUAAGGGCCCCGCACUGCCGAAAGUGUUUGUAUCCAUGCCAAUGCCUAUUUGCGUGAUAUAUGUCCGUUACCUGUGGUGGUUGGAAAGCUGGAGGAACUGAAGUGUGUAGUUGAGUGUGUGUUUGGCGAAGGUUUACGUGAUGAUGCGGCGUGGUGAUGUCUAACCCGGUGAGAGGUGCCAUGCACUUUGCUGCUGGUGUGGUUUAAAGAGGUUGGAUUGGCCAUGCUUUGCCAUGCAUGUGGUUUGGUGGCGAGAUGGGUACAAUGUUUCAGUUUGUGCCCAUUUAGUUGCAUGAAGGGAUGUCGAAAGAGACCUCGAAGCCAUAAAGAUUCCCGAUUGCAUCAUUGGACGAAUGGGAUGUUUUGCCAUUGGUACAGCGUUUACAACGGUGGGAUGUACGCCGCCGCCGCAUUGAUGGAUUGUGCAAAUUUCAAAAGCACCACAACUAAAGUUAUAAGGGCAUCAAUGCAGAAUCCGAGUUCUGAUCACGGCCACCAACCGAAGUACAAUCCCUGUGUGUCGGCAUUUGAGGCGACUGUGACAUUGCAGGUUGACGUCAACUGAGUAUCAUUAACAAGAGACAACAGA